AUGACUCUUCGACGCGCUCGCGCCACCAAGCGCAACCUUGUUCGAUGGACUGACGACCUCGACAAGGAAGUGUUGCUUGUUGUCCAAUACGCUUGUGCCGAGGCUGGAAUCAAGUUGCCAUGGGCCAGAGUUGCGGAAAUCAUGGGUCCUCACUUCACCGAAGGAGCGAUCAUUCAGCAUCUCGCUAAGCUUCGUACUCUGAUGGAGAGACACGAAAUCCCGGUCCCACCCUGCCUCAAGCGUGGAAUGUUGACGAAGACACCCUCCAAAGUGUAUGGAAACGUCACUCCCAAACGCAUCUUCGAGAGCAUUAAGCCUCUCUAUGCCGGCAGCCCCAAUGCAAAUGGUGGUGAAAAUCGAUCCGUCUACGAGAAAGUCAAGGUUGAAGAGCGUGGAUCUCCCACCCUGCAGGUGAAAGGUCGGAUGCGUACUGGUGGCCGUGCUCGCGACAUCAGUGACGAUGAAGAAGACGAUGACACUUUGCCUGAGACACUGUAUGAUUCGGAUGUCAGUCCAAAGAAGAAGCGUCGUACUGCUAAGAAGAAAUCGUCCGCAAGCAUGAAUGAUCUCCCGGCAACUCCGGAGCAAGCUACCAAGACCAAAUCGACUGCAAGCAUUAAUGACCCUCCACCGACCCCAAUGACUCCAUUGACGCCAGCAACUCCAAAGCAGGCGGUCAAGGGAGCUGGCCAAAACUCGGUCAGCCGAAUUGCGCCAUCCACUCCUCCAAGUCGCCGCACCCGAGGCAUCAAGCGUGACUAUACCUUGAUUGACACUGUGCUGGAUGACAUGGAUGCCGAUAUUGAUCGAGAUGACGCUGAGACUCUUGAUGGUGACGACUCUUCCAACCCCGGUGAUGGAACCGCAGUUUCCGAGGAAAAGGUCCAGGAUGAUAGCAUUGCGGCUACAACCGUCAAGACCAUGACAACUGCUCAAGACAACAGCGAGAUGCCGAACCUGGGUGGUGACAUUCUUGGAGCCGUGGCUGACAGCAUCAACCCUGCCAACAUCGAUCCCUUCACCAACGCAGAAUACCUUUGGCCAGGUGUCGAUACCAUGUUCAGCGGCCCGCCUAUUAGUGGCUUUCCUCCCGGCACUGUCAAUGGAGCAGCCUUGUUCAAGACAAACAACUUUUUCAACAAUGGACAAAUGAACAUGCAAACCUAUGAUAUGCCAGCCGCUAUGGGAUCUGGCGCCACUGCAUCUGGCACCAUGGGAUUUGGCACCAUGGGAUUUGGCACCAUGGGAUCUGGCACCAUGGAGUCUGGCACCAUGGGAUCUGGCACCAUGGGAUCUGGCACCAUGGGAUCUGACACAACGAGCUUUGCACCAGAAAUGUUCCGCCCCAAUUCAAUUGACUCCUACCUUUACCAGGCCAGCCGCAACAACUCGGUAGCCACUGGUAUGACUUCCUUCAGCUCUGCAUCGGACUCGCAACAAGAGCAAUCUCAAGUCCAGAUGCCUGCAGCUUUGGCAUUCAAUGAUGAAGAGCUCUUGGCCCUCGAAUUGAAUGAACUUGCAGCAGAGCCAACUCUGAACAACACGGAAGACUGGAAAGGCGACGAUGUUUUUGGAUGGGACGACCCAGUCGACUCUGCCAUGCACCGCAAUGUGUUCGGUUUCUAG